CUCCCCAUUUUUGUUGUAGUAUAAGUGUUGUAGCUACCAGCAAUUCUGCACAUUAACCUCUUGACUAUGUUACCAUAUUAAUGGAAUAUGAAAAAUCCAAAUCUUUACCCUAACCCUCGUCUGAAACAGUUUGUUCCAAACUCUUGCAUAUAUUUUUUUUCAUUUUAUUUUAUGAUUACCACAUAGUAGCUGUACCACGUACUGUAAACUUGACUGAAUUAAUGGCGUCCCUCUGGUGUAUGUACUGUACGGGUGCAUCUCCUGUCUCUUUUCAUUGCAGAAUUGAGCAGUACUGGCAGCCAUUUCCUUCCCCAUUGGUUGCAGUGCUACUUGCUGUCCACGAUGACAGAGUUGUCACUGAUGUCCCUUCAUCAUGCAGUGAUGACUUUAAAAGGUCAGUGAUGACUGAGUUGACUUUAAUGCCCAACGUUGACUUUGCUUUUUCUUUUCUUGUUUUCAACAUUACAAUCAAAUGACAGCUUUGAACAUCGUUCAGUCUUUGCACCCAUGUCUAGGGUGGAAGAUGAUUCCUCUGUGCUUUGUGGCCUUUCCACAAGUUUAGCUCAUUUUUAGUCCUCUGAAUUCUUCUUUAACUUGUUCUUACUGAAAGUCUCAUUUGGCAGGUGUUUUUUUCUUACAAGUCCCUCGAUCCAAAUGGCAAAAUAGAUUGUUUGUACAGUAAUUGCCUUCCAAAUCAACCCAUAUGUGUGUUAUGUGAUCUUGCACCACUGCAACACAACUUCAAUAUUCUUUUUCUGAUCUGCAUCACCAUAGUCAGGGUUUAGACAACCGAAGAAAUUGGAUAAGGUUAUGAAAAGAUUAUGGUCAUGAUUAAAGAAAGUACUGUUGAUUGUUGGUAGGAGAUGGGAUGCGAACUACAGACUCUGGUACGUCGACCAUGCUGUUGUGUUUCCUGUUUUAUAUUUCUUGUUUUCACUACAUUCAUUAUUUAAUAUUGUUGGUGCUGCAGAGCCCUAUAAAACAGUAACUAUCAAGUAAGCAAACAAACUCCUCAGGACUGGAUCUUUCUAUGUCAUUACAACAUCAUUUUUGCCACUCAAUCCCAAGAUUUUCAUUUUAGAGCAAGGGCUUUUGUUUUGACAUGAUACUUGUCAAACCCAAAUCCGAACAGAUCAAUGUCCAGUUUUUGCUGUGUCACCCGAGAUGGAAAUUCUAACCAGUGAUCUUAUUAGCCCCGAUCUGUGAUCUUAAGGUUACUACAGCUUCAUUGUGACAAACUCUGUCCUGUAAGCUGAAUGGAGGGUUUGUAGUGGCCUUAUGUCAAUCUGUCUGACAUUAGCUGACAGGCUGAAGGAGUGAAUGAUGGCUUUUUAUGAAGAAGAAUGGCAGUUUUACAGACCACCAGCUGCUCCCAAACACUCUUAUCUAACCUCCCAUCCACUGCUCGUGUAUGUGGGUGGGUGUCGGUAUGCUUGUGUGGAUUGGUGUGUAUGGGCUGAGGCUUGGGUUGUGUAUAUUUGCUUUAAUUGUAUAAAGUAGGGACUGAUUCAAAAAACUGACAAAGCAAAUGAUUAUUAUUGUAACACACUAACACACAUUUGUAAUGAUGAUAUCCCAAAGUAUUUGUUUAUAAAUGUAUUCAUUUAUUAAUUUUCAUGUGUAGAUGUGUAUGUGUAGAGUUUUUUUUUUUUUUUUUUUUUUUUUUUUCAUGUAGGGCAUGAUCUGGUACACAUGCAUUGUCUUUGAUUCUGCACUGAACUACCCAGCAAUUGCAAAAUACAUUUAAAAUAUGAAUAGAAGUGUCUCCUGACCUCCACAAAAUGACAUUUAGGAGCACAACAGCAGUGCAGAUUCAUUCAUCUCAAUCAUUUAGCCUAUUUUAAUCCACCGUGACAUGGAAAGUGAUAAAUCUCAACAGGGGUUUUAAAUGGGAUAAGGGUUUACUCAUCUAAUCCUACAACAGCAUCAUUUCAGAAAUAAUCCUGAAGGUCAGUGGAUUCUGUGUGUGGGGUGAGGGGACCACCGGGGGCCUUGAUCAGUGUCCCCUAUAGAAAGAUUGAAUUCACAUAAAUGGUCACAGAAAGAGAACACAUAGCAAAGGCCACCAUUUUCGCCACCUAUAAUAUCUCAUCUAAAGCUAUCUAAGACUUUAAUAGUAUAAGUCAUCAACUUUGGUUGUUCUUUUCUGCUGUUGAAGGUUCUCCUGAGAAAUGUGUAACAAUCCUUGCAGUAUAGACUAUUAGACAGCAGAUUGUUAACACAUACCAGGUAUCCUCUCUAUGCAGUUGCUGUGCUCGACUGCAAAUAUAAAAUACUACUGCAGCCUAAUAUCAUGGCUCUACUGUAAAAUGCCAUAAUUUUGGCAACAUUACAGAUUUUGUGUUAUAACCAGACACUGUAAGGAGAUUUCAACUUCCUACUGCAAUCAGCCCCCUCCUUGCAGAGCUGCCAGAGGAACUGGAAAUCGUGAUGGUGUCUCAGUCGUGGUUCUGAGCUCCGGCUUGGCUUGUUGCUCACAACACGGGCUUGUGUUGCCCGCUGGAGGCGAAGCAGGGGAAGGCACGCAAACGGCGAGGAAAGAUGAAGCGCUCCGUAUUUCCCUGCCUCUUCCCCGCUUGCUGUAGAUAGCCGCGGUCAACCUCUUCGUCUCCACAGCAGAGAGAAGAGGUAUUGGCAGGGUGAGGGCUGCCAACUCCACAUUUUGGUCGCCCAACUGCAGCGGAGAAAAUUACCCUCAGUAGAAGAAUUGAGUAUCCUUGUGAUCAUUAUUAGAUCAAUCUCAAUGAUACACAAUUAAACUCGUGCAAAGAGAGAGUCGUCUUGCGUCCUCACUGUCAUCCACAGGUCUGGAAGUCUCCCCGACCCCGCACGGCGCGCUCCCUGACUCUCAUUUAUUUAUUUUCCCCUUGAUGCGCGCCCCCGCUGCGAAAGCCAGAGCGCUCCUCACUCUCUCCUCUCCUCACUUCGCUUCCUCUCCUCCUCUCGACAGCAUCCAGAACUAUAGCGCAACCGUCCCCAUCACUCUUUUCCUCCCCUCCUCCUCUUUCUCUCACCGCCAGAUCUCUCUCCACUGCGUCUCUCACCCCUUUGCCCACCCCCCGCCCCAGCUCAGCCCCUCACUCCUCUGACGCACGACAGGGAAACGGAUCCCAAGGAAGGAAAGAAAGAAAGAAAGAAAGAAAGAAAGAAAGACAGAAAUAAAGAAAGAAAGAAAGCCAAAAAAAAAAAAGCAGCAGCUGACCCAACGUCGAUAUGAUCCACAGACUCCUGCUAUUACUGCACCGGACAGAGACACGGUCCUGAAACCGAGAGGAGAACACUCUCACCCGGCUACACUGUUGUUGAGCGCUCGCCCGGGGGGCGGCGACGGCGGCGGAGGAGAAGGAGGAGGAGGAGGAGGAGAGGGGAGGAAGAGAAAGCGGACUGGGUACAAGUCGAGGGUUUGCAUUUUAAGCAAACUGCUUAGGAAAAAAAAAAGGAGACGAGAAAGAAGGGGAGAGAGUCAGAGUCACCGGCGAGCGAGAGUGGGGGAGAUUGCAUUCCUAUCACGUCUUCAUUUAUCCUCUCUCCUCUCUUUUGCCUCAGCCAGAGUGAGAGAGGGUGAGAGAAGGAGAGAGAGAGAGCGAGAGAGAGAGCGAGAGAUAGGGAAAGAAAGAGAGAACGACCAAGAGAGCGAUCUAACAAGAUUCAUAGUAGUGGUCUUUUUUCCCGAUGCUUUCCAAUUGCAAUACGAAACUAAGCCCGGCAUCGGACGGUGAGCGGGACACAACGGGCAACAACAGAGCACACCGCAGGAGGAUAUGUGAAGUUGGAAUCCCACUAAACUAAUGCUGUGAAGUGGCUCUGUCCCUGGAGCCGAGACUUCAUCCCCUUGGUGUCAGCGAGGAUGCUGUGGGUUACCUUGCUGAGCACCAUAGCCUUAGGAUGGACCACCCCAAUCCCACUACUAGAGGACUCCGAGGAGAUCGACGAACCCUGCUUCGAGCCCUGCUACUGCGAGGUCAAAGAGGGCAUUUUCCACGUCCACUGUGACAGCAAAGGAUUUACAAAUGUCAGCCAGAUCUCCCAGAUAUGGAGUCGUCCCUUCAAGCUCAACCUGCAGAGAAACUCAAUGAGGAAGCUUUACUUUAACAGCUUCCUCCAUCUUAACAAUGCUAUAUCCAUUAAUCUGGGUAAUAACGCCUUGCAAGAUAUCCACGCUGGAGCGUUCAAUGGCUUAGGAAUACUCAAACGGUUGUUCCUACAUGAAAACAAACUAGAAGUUUUCCGGAACGACACUUUUCUGGGGUUGGAGAGUUUAGAGUAUCUCCAGGCGGACUACAAUGUUAUCAAACGGAUUGAAAGUGGUGCAUUCAGACACCUUCACAAAUUGAGAGUGCUCAUACUAAAUGACAAUCUGAUCCCCGUGCUCCCAAAUUAUCUUUUCCGGUCUGUGUCACUCACACAUCUGGAUCUAAGAGGAAACAGACUAAAGACAUUGCCGUAUAAGGGCACGCUGGAGUACGUUGGAAGGAGCUUAAUGGAAAUCCAGCUGGAGGAGAACCCCUGGAACUGUGUGUGUGAGAUUGUCCAGUUAAAAACAUGGCUGGAGAGAAUCCCUUAUACAGCUCUAGUUGGUGAGAUCACAUGUGAGUACCCAUUCCACUUACAUGGGAAAGACUUACGGGAAAUCAAACGCAGUGAGCUCUGUCCGCUGCUCUCCGAUGCAGAGAUUGAGGCCAAGCUGGGAAUUCCCCGGGUCCCAUUCAGCAAUGAGAACACAUGGCCUACUAAACCUUCCUCCAUGCUCUCCUCCUUUCACAACACAGCCUCUUCUGUGGAAUACAAGGAAAGAGUUGUCAAGCCUACCAAACGAUCUCGGCCUACAAAGAACCCUCCAACCCCUCGUAGCAUCUACCCAGGCAUGAACCAGCCCCCCAUUGCUGGCUACCAAACAAGGCCUCCCAUCCCAAUCAUUUGUCCAGCUGGAUGUACUUGCAACCUUCACAUCAAUGACCUGGGGCUAACAGUGAACUGUAAAGAGAAAGGCUUUCACAACAUCUCUGAGCUCCUGCCUCGGCCCCUCAAUGCUAAGAAAUUGUAUCUCAGUGGGAACCUAAUACAGAAAAUCUACCGUUCUGAUUUCUGGAACUUCUCAAGUUUGGAUUUACUGCAUUUAGGGAAUAAUCGGAUAUCCUACGUACAGGAGGGUGCCUUUAUCAACCUGCCAAACCUGAAAAGUUUAUAUCUAAAUGGGAAUGACAUUGAGAGACUCUCCCCUGGUAUGUUUCGGGGGCUUCAGAUGUUGAGUUAUCUUUACUUUGAGUAUAAUGUCAUACGUGAGAUACAACCUAACUCCUUCUCCCUGAUGCCAAACCUCCAGCUGGUUUUCCUCAAUGACAACCUGUUACGCUCCCUCCCCACUGACGCCUUUGCUGGCACAAACCUUGCACGCCUCAACCUCCGUAACAACUACUUCCUUUCCCUGCCUGUGCGUAGCGUUCUGGAGCAUCUGACCUCCAUUGUCCAGAUUGAUCUCCAUCAGAACCCCUGGGACUGCUCCUGUGAUAUUAUCCCCCUCAAACAGUGGCUCGAAAAACUCUCCUCUGUCAUUGUGGUUGGAGAUGUUAUCUGCAAGACACCUCAGUUUGCUUUUGGGAAGGACCUGCGUUCACUGGAGGUUGAGGUCAUCUGUCCUGAGCUCAAAUAUUCUUCAGGCCCCUCACCGGCCCUGCCUGGGGGGGAUGACCUCACCACAGGGAGCUCUGACACGGGGGAGGCAGGUGGGAGAGGGGCUGUCCCACUGUCUGUCCUCAUCCUCAGCCUACUCAUCCUCUUCAUCUCUGCUGUGUUUGUGGCUGCAGGGCUAUUCGCCUUUGUUCUUCGUCGCAGGAAGAAGCUGCCCUUCCGGAAACGUUCUGAAGUAGAUCUGACGGGGAUCCAAAUGCAAUGCAGGAUUUUUGAGGACCCACCAAGGCAGAGUAGUGCUGGUAACACUGGCACACCAGAGAAACCGACACCCAGUAUGCACACACACACUCACACUAGUCACACACAUGCCCAUGGUCAUGUUUAUGAUUACAUCCCACACCCUGUGACUCAGAUGUGUAACAACCCCAUCUAUAAGCCUAGAGAGGGGGAGAUAGCAGAGGACGACAGAGCGCAGUUUUCAGAGAAGAAAGACAAUGGCAGCAGUAGCAACAGUAACUACAGAACCUUGUUAGAGAAAGAGAGAGAAUGGACCCUGGCCGUCUCCAACUCUCAACUCAACACCAUCGUCACAGUCAACCACACCACGGCUGACAUGGCAGGAUUUCAUGAAAAUGGAGGGCUCUGCCCUACAGUAAUUGACAGUCAGAGGCCCACACCAACAGUGGGCUUUGUAGACUGUUUGUAUGGGACAGUACCCAAACUAAAGGACAUGCAUGUGGCACAUGCGCACCCACCAGGCAUGCAGUACCCGGAUUUGCAGCAGGAUGCUCGGCUGAAGGAGACAUUGCUUUUCACGGCGGGGAAAGGCUGCUACCCCGACCCGUCCCAAAGCGAUUACCUCGAGUUAAGGGCCAAACUUCAAACCAAGCCGGAUUACCUCGAAGUCUUGGAAAAAUCUUACCGGUUUUAACAUCUCUAGCCCAUGGCGAAAAAAAUGAAACACAAAAUCAACACAUUCACUUUGCCACCCUCAAAACAAAAUCACCCAAAACCAAUAUGAAAAAAUAAACUUGAAAAAGCAGCAUGAUAUAAAAUAAAAUAUUAUAUAACAGUUACAACAAAGUUCCCCCCCCAAAAAAUCACUUUGGAGGAGAGGCCAUUCUCAGAUAUUUCAAUGAAGUGCCUUUUUUUCAGAGUAGCCAGCAAUGUCAACAGCCGUUAUUUUUAUAAUAUAUAAAUAUCUCUAUAUGCCCAAGAGAGAGCAAAAGAGGAAUGAGAGGGGCACCAGGGAAUAUAACAUACAAAACAUCCUAAAAUACAUCUGUCACUAAAACCCAUUUUUAUGGAGUUGCCAUGAUGUGCAAGACGCACGGGAGCUGGACGUCUCCCUGACUUGGGGGUUUUCUUUCUGUCUCUUUUACCCCGACUAGGAUGUACAAACACCCGGAGGCUGUGCACAUAAAGUUUGUAGGAAAUGAUUGAAAGAGAGAAAAAAAUACAUGUAUUAAAAUGAACUGCAGUUUGCUGCAUGCACUCGCUUCAGUGCAGGAAGCGAGGGGAUUUACUCAGAACUAUCACAUCACAUUAUGAACAGAGAUACUGCAACGCAUUUACAGUUCAGUGUUCUAUUUAAUUUUUAUAUCUUAUUAAUAUGGUUAUUACUAUUAAUGAGGACUUCUGUCUAUAUCAGGGUGCUUCUCGUAAAAAGGACGCGCCGAUGUACGGAUGGUAAAACAUUUGUGAAUAUUAUUAUAAGACAACGCUCAAGGUUUUCUGGAUAUUUCCAUGCACUUUGUUGACCCCCUUCCAUUGCUUCUGGAUUCCCCAUCGUCACCCACUAACGGCUUUGUAGGAAGCACUUUUAAUGUUUUCUCUCUCACAAAGAUUUGAAGAAAAAUGUGCAUAUAUUUAUUCUGUAAUUUCAGUGAAGAAUUUAAUUGUAAAGGUAAUGUUAAAUCAAUGUAUAGUGAUUAUGCGUCUGGUAUAGCCUUCUUAAUAAAAACAAACUCUUCAAUCAAAUGAUGAAAGGGUUGAUGCCACGGGAA